UUUGCGAGAAUUUCCUAGCAUACUUGUCGUUAACCCUUGCUUGUCGCCCCGGCGGUGCUCCCCAUUUUCAGUUUUGUUGCACAGUACGUACAGUAGUUGUUAAGUUGUGAACCCUUGCUUGUUGACUGUGGCUGUACUUGUGAACCCUUGCUUGACGGCAAGGAUGCUGGAUGGUGAAAUCUGAAUAUCUCUGGCAGUAAAUUUGACUGGUUGCCGUGCAAGUCCUAGUCCCCGGAUCCACAAGGCGCAGAUUUUCUUCAUGACGACAGUGACCGACGCCCCACGAUGGCUGCAAAUCGGGACAGGUGACAUCCGAGUUUCUCUGUGCUUGAUUCAGUCAGGCAACACCGCCCCGGAUGUAGCCUCUGAGAUAUUUCUAGUUUCUUGAUCUUCAAUGCACCGCGGAGACCUCGCGGUCUUGUGUACACACUUGCCUUUCCUAUUGAUCAAGGCUGGACUUUGUGUGGCCAACCGGAUAUAUAAAGCCUGUGCAAAUGUGAGAAGCCACAUCAGGAAUACCAAUACUCUGAGCAGUACUUCAGCUCCUACCUUGUACAUUUGUAGCCUCCAAGCAAACAGUCUGAAGCAUCUUCAUAGUUCAUACUAUAUCUCCUUACUUUCCUCUUCACAAGCAUAUGCACAAGGCCUAAUGGGCCCUGUUUUUGUCCUCCUGUUACUGAUUUGUGUCUGCAACUCCGAGGAUCGCCUAACACCUGCAAAGCCACACUCCGUCGGCGACAGGCUCAUCUCAAAUGGUGGCAUCUUUGCUCUUGGCUUCUUCUCCCCGAAAAACUCAAGUGCAAACUCAUAUGUUGGCAUAUGGUACCACAACAUCCCCGAGCGAACAUAUGUGUGGGUCGCAAACCGCGACAGCCCAAUCACUGGCAGCUCCCCUGGUAAGUUUGUUCUGACCACCAGCUCUGAUCUUGUCUUGUUAGACUCCAAAGGAAGCACUCUUUGGACAACCAUGAACAACAUCACCACUGAAGCCACCGGAGCUGCUGCGAUACUGCUGGACUCUGGGAACUUGGUCAUCAGGUUGCCGAAUGGCACAGAUAUAUGGCAGAGCUUCCAUCACCCAACCGAUACCAUUCUCCCGAAUAUGAGUUUGCAGCUGAGCAACAACAACAACCUCUCCACGCACCUCGUUGCUUGGAGGGCCCCUGAUGACCCAUCUACGAGUGAUUACUCCUUGGGUGGUGACUCGAGCUUCCAGAUCCUCGUUUGGAAUAGGACGAUGCCAUACUGGCGCAGGGCUGCGCUCGAUGGUGUAUUGGUCUUCGCCAUGUAUCAGAGCAAAUCAGGUCCCAUCAUGUCCCAAACAAUUGUCAACAGAGGUGGUGAGUUCUACUUGACGUACACCGUCUCUGAUGGCUCAGCAAGCAUGCGUAUGAUUCUGCACUACACGGGCAUGGUGAAACUCCUGGCAUGGAACAGCAACUCAUUAUCUUGGGAUGUUUUCUUUGAGCGCCCUGGUUCUAGCUGUGACCGCUAUGCCUCUUGUGGCCCGUUUGGCUACUGUGAUGCCACAGAGGCGGUUGCGACAUGCAAGUGCCUUGAUGGAUUUGAAUCUGUUGGUCUUGACUUUUCCCUAGGAUGCCAGAGAAAGAAGGAGAUACGUUGUGGUCAAGGAGAUAGUUUCAUUACCUUGCUUAACAUGAAGACGCCUGACAAGUUCUUGUACAUCAGGAAUAGAAGCUUUGACCAAUGCGCAGAAGAAUGCAGCCGCAACUGCUCAUGCACCGCAUAUGCUUAUGCUAACCUGAGUAAUCUCGGUGUGACUGUAGACCAGUCGAGGUGCUUAGUUUGGAUGGGAGAGCUUGUUGACACAGAGAAGCGUGGUGAUGGUCUUGGAGAGAAUUUGUACCUCCGGAUUCCCAGCUCGUCUGUCAAUAAGAAGACUGGUGCACUGAAGAUUGCACUCCCAGUCAUGGCAAGUCUACUGAUAAUUAUGUGCAUUUGUCUUGUCUGGAUACGCAAGUCGAGAGUCCUGGCAGGCAAGGACCAAACCAAGGCACCCAUGAAUUAUGCGGUGCCAGAACAACUGGGCAAUUCUGAUGUACUAUACGAUCAAAAUUCAGAAUUUCUGUGGAUUAGCUUCAAUGACAUCAUUGCUGCUACAGAUGGUUUCUCUGACUCUAAUGUGCUUGGAAAAGGAGGCUUUGGCAUAGUAUACAAGGGCACACUGGAAGGUGGCAAGGAAGUUGCUGUUAAAAGGCUUACCAAGUGUUCUGAUCAAGGAAUGGAGCAUUUUAGAAACGAAGUAGUUCUUAUUGCAAAACUGCAGCACAGAAACUUAGUUAGACUUCUUGGUUACUGCAUCCAUGGAGCUGAGAAGCUUCUUAUUUACGAAUACUUACCCAACAAAAGCUUAGACUACUCCCUAUUUGAUGAUGCUAAAAGAUCUAUGCUUGAUUGGCCAACAAGGUUUAGCAUAAUCAAAGGGAUAGCUAGAGGACUUGUGUACCUCCACCAUGAUUCGAGAAUGACGAUAAUUCACAGAGAUCUGAAAGCAAGCAACAUCUUGUUGGAUGAGGAGAUGAGACCCAAAAUAUCAGAUUUUGGCAUGGCAAGGAUCUUUGGUGACAACCAGCAACAAGCAGAUACUAGACAUGUUGUUGGAACAUACGGUUACAUGUCGCCCGAAUAUGCGAUGGAAGGCAUUUUCUCUGUCAAGUCCGACACAUACAGCUAUGGGGUCUUGCUACUGGAGAUUGUAAGUGGGUUGAAGGUCAACUCACCUCCCCAGCUUAUGAGGGACUUCCCAAACCUCGUAGAUUACGCAUGGAACUUACUGGAAGAAGGAAAAUCAGGGGAUUUCAUGGACACGGUGCUUCUGAAGAGUUGUUCACUGCAUCAAGUGUCGUUGUGCAUCCACAUAGCAUUGUUGUGCGUUCAGGACAGCCCGGGUGCCAGGCCACUCAUGUCGCUAGUCGUGUCUAUGCUGGACAACGAGGCCAUGCCAGUCACGACUCCAAAGCAACCUCUGUAUUUCAUUGGAAGGAGACAUGAAGCAGAAGAAGCGACGGAGGACUCUGUUAACAGCGCGGGCCUGACAUCGCUAGUAGGACGCUAGAUGCCUAGAAUCCGCUAUGCUUGUCUGCAGUGUGGUGACCUGAGCGCCCUGGAACAUCAAAGGAAGCAGAUUACCAUUGACUGCCAAGUGGAUUUCAGUAACCAGCUGCAGGUGGUGCUCCAACGGUCCGUUUGAAAUUACUGGUGUGGUAGCUUUGAGUCUUUGACUGAUAAACUUGUUAGGCGCUCAAAUGCAACUGAAGCUGGACCGUCAGCUUGUUUAGAAGGACUCAUCAGGCUUGGUGCUUCAGUGGCAGAGUGAUCGUUCUGCUGAUGUCCAAGCCAUUCUCUUGCACGCUGAAAAUCCAUCAAAAAAAGGUCAAAAGGGAGGGAAAGGAGGUCGCGCAUUUGUUAGCGCAACCGUGUAGUGAUCCGAAUAUAUGCCGUACGAAAAAUAUUUCAUGAUGAAUCUGACGGUAUUGAUUUGGUAUUGUAAAUGCUGAUAUUUUUACUGUAAACUUGGUCAAUGUUGACAAAGUUUGGCUUUGAAGAAAAAGCUUACGUGCAACUAUAA